CCCGGGCCGCGUCCGCAGGCUGAGCCCAGGCGGGCCGCGGCGAGCACCCCGCAGCUCCGCGCCCCCGCCCGGCCCCGCUCCCGGCGGAAAGUUGGGCUGCGGCGGGCGGCGUUCGGGAAAGAGCGAGGCGGCAUGAGGGGGCACCGAGGGGGCGCCUAAGACACCGGGAAGGCGGCGCCGCGCAAGGGGACAACUUCGCCCGGGAGCCCGCGCCCGCAGCCCCCAGCCGGGCUCGUGGUGGUUCCUCCCGUCCCUCGGCCUCCCCCGCCGAUCGAGACGCGGACCUUGGUCCCGGCGGCUCCGCGGCGGUGACACGAGCCCGCCUCAGCCGCCGCCUCAGUCUCCUGCCGCGCCGCCACCUUGCCCGCACCAUGGAGUUCUCCGAGAGGAAAAGAAGCAGGAAAUCCCAGAGCUUCAAACUGGUGAGCCGAGAUUAUCACCAUGAGGUGUAUAAGAUCUCAGAAUUCAGCCACGAUGUUAAUGGGGAGACCAAAGAGACACAACCCAUUUUUUUAGGAGAUGAAAACAUGGAAAUUAAAAAACAAAUUACAGGGAUGAGAAGAUUACUGAAUGACAGCACUGGGAGGAUAUAUCAACGUGUUGGCAAAGAAGGAGAAAAACUAAAAGAAGAGCCCCAGGAUUUGGAGUUAGUCUGGCCUCAGCGUUUGAACUCCUCUGCCGAGGCCACACAGGGCCUCCAUCCUCCUUCACGUGGGGCAUGGAAUGAACUACCAACCCAAAGCGGGCAGUUCUCAGGGCAGUAUGGUACACGUUCUAGAACCUUCCAGAGUCAGCCCCACACCUCUGCAAGUUCCAAUGGAGAACUUCCAGGGGUGAAUUCAUCAGCUGGAUCCAACUGUUGUACUUGUAACUGCCAGUCAACAUUGCAGGCCAUUCUCCAGGAACUCAGGACCAUGAGGAAAUUAAUGCAGUUUCAAGCAGUUGGAACACAAAACAGACAACAACCCCCAAUUUCCCUUAUAUGCUCCCAGCGAACCGCUGUCUCACGCAAGAGAAAUAAGAAGAAAAAGGUGCUCCCAAAGACUAUGGAACCUGUGACUGUGAAACCAAAGCCCGGUCCAUGGGAAGGUGAGAAGAAGCCUGCAGCCGUGGCCGCGAGGCCAUCUGGUCUCCAAGCCACAGAGCACACCUCCAGUGAGGAGAGCCACGUCCUGGGAUUUGGCAUUGUUCUCGAAUCGCCUUCCUCAGAUCCAGAAGUGCAACUUGCUGAAGGCUUUGAUGUGUUUAUGCCUAAAUCUCAGCUGGACUCUAUAUUGUCAAACUACACUCGCUCAGGAAGCCUUCUGUUUAGAAAACUGGUGUGUGCAUUUUUUGAUGACAAGACUUUGGCUAACUCCUUACCCAAUGGGAAGAGGAAAAGAGGACUCAAUGACAACCGGAAAGGACUAGACCAAAACAUUGUGGGUGCAAUAAAAGUCUUUACAGAGAAGUACUGUACUGCGAACCAUGUGGAUAAACUUCCUGGCCCAAGAGACUGGGUACAGAUUCUACAGGAUCAAAUUAAACUGGCCAGAAGAAGGUUAAAAAGAGGCUCAGCAGAGGCAGCUGACGGUGAUGAAAAACUGGACGGCAUUUCUCUACCGCCAACAGGUAAUAUGUUUGUCACCAGGAGAGAGACCGCGGAGGACCCGGAUCCAGGCUCCAUUGCCUAGACCUGCAUUUUAGCCUACUCUUCUUCCGUUUCCUCAAAGGUUUGUGGAGCAGUUGAGGUCCCUGCAGUGUGGGUGUUCCGUGGUGGCUUGUCCUGUCUGAAUCAUUUUUCUGUAACAUGUGGUAUCACAACUCCAAUUUGGCAUCAUAUUUUCUUCAAAGAAAUUAUGCUUAGAGUUGUUACCGUUCAAAAGUCCAGUGUGUGUGACCCAUCAUAAAGAAGCAGUUCUCUUCCUGGUUUUAUUCAUUCAUAAUCUCUGUGUGAAUACACAGUCUUCUUAAACGUAUUUAUUUUAUUGUAAAUUGCUUAGCUGCAUGCAGAGGAGACCUCUCUCUAGGACUGACGGAAGUUACAAAGUAGCAGCGCUAACUAACCCUUCAGCCUAGAGAAGGGAAGGUAGUUCUGGGAGAUGGGGUGGCUCUGGCCUGGUCUGUGAAGUCCUUUAUGACGUCAGUAAUAGUGACCUGAAACAAUCGUUCCGAACUGAAGUACAAAUGAUAAAGUCAUCUAUGCGUCAGUCAUAGAACCUGAAACAGUCGUUCCGAACUGAAGUACAAAUGAUAAAGUCAUCUAUGCGUCAGUCAUAGAACCUGAAACAGUCGUUCCGAACUGGAAUACAAAUGAUGUAUGAAUUCUUAGGAAAUAAAGCACUCUUAUGUAAUUUAUGAUGAUGCAGUAACAAAAAACUUAACUCAGCAUAACCAGCCAUCUGCUUAGGAGCCAUCAAGCAUUUAAAUAUGGUUUAAACCGAGUAGCUUUGACCCUGUUUUCAUGUUCCUCCUAUAGUUUAUCUGGUCCCUCAUACUUUUACUUUAUGUAAAACUAAAUAUGAGAAAAAUCUGGGUUUAUUUUAAAUCUUUGCAGUACGGAUAUUUGCUUUACCUCCACGUGUUUCACUAAUGAAAUAAUGCAUUGAAAUCAACAUACUUAGAAAACCUCGUGUCAAACCUUAUUUAUCAUGUAAAGCAAAUUAAUUGCCUUGAAUCUUGGGUACUUGACACAGAAGGCCAAAAAUUGCCAUAAAAAAAGAAAGUAACAGUCGAUGCACCAAACCCCAGGGAUUAAAAACUGCCAUGACAAUAGCUUAGCCUUUUGCCUACUGUUCCUGUCAGCCACUGGUUAGAGCCAACAGUUAGUGUUGCUGGGACUGCCUGGCCCUCUGCUUUGCCUGAGAGAACUGAGAAGUAGGUAAGGGGUUGCCUGGGAUCCGGUUACCCUUCAUGGCCAGCUGGACGUAGAACCUGGACGUCAGUGUACUGUGUCACUUCGUACUGAUCGUGUAGUGCUGAGGACAGGACUGGGGCCAUGCUCCACCGAGACCAGCUGCUCAGUGAGGUGACCUGUGGCAGCCCAGAUGUGACAACAUGUGCUUUUAGGUGUUGCUCGUGGAGUUGUCUAGCAGCUAGACAGCAACAUCUCACAUGUAAACCUUCUCUGUCUCUUCCUUUGGAGACUGCGGGAUGGCUUAGAAAUUAUCCCCAUCGACCCUUUCAGUUGCCGGUCUCUGUUGCCAGCCAGCCCUGAUCCUUUUGUUUUACUGAGUGUUCUGAUGAGCUGCAGACAAGUCAGGGCUUUCGUUUGAUUGCAGCAAAUCCUGAAAAAAAAAAAAAAAAGUCUUCUGCCUCCUAGAAUGAAAUCCUCCUCAAGGGAACAGAGAGGCUGAAUUAGUGCCCUUCACUCUAUUAAAUGGUGAUGGAUUUGUUUUUAGUGCAGGGGGAGCAUAUACUUACACUGUAGGCCUGUCAGUACGCACUAUAAACCUUCCAAAAACGCUUCCUUCCAAGCCUCGGUGGCAGCUUGGAGUUUUCAGUACUUGAGGAGGGCAGGGUCUUGCGGUUUGCAGACAAGCGCCGUGGGUUCACAAGUGGAAAGGCGGAUCAGAACUGCAACAGUGAAAUCAUAUUUUGUAAGUUUAAAUUGUAUUUGUGUUAACUUCCUGUGACUAUUGUUCGGCUUUGUUCAGAAACCCUUUUUAUAGGCUUUCUUAGCAAAAAAAAAAAAAAGGUCCAUAUCUAUGGAUAUGUCUCAAUCUUGUGUACAUAUGUUUUAUUAAUAUGUAAAUAUUCAGAUUUUUUAAAUUACUAUGUUCUUUUAAAAAGAAUUCAAUGUAAAGCUAGUUGUGAAAAUGGUGUGUAACACUGUGUUGUGAUAUCAACUCCCAAGACGCCCUGUAUGUCCAUUCUGGAAAAAUACAAUAAAUUACUUUAAUUGAA